AGAUCGCAGAGUCCGGCCGUCCUCCUCCCCUCACCAUGCCCAGAUAUGAGAUGGCGCUGAUCAUCAAGGCCAUGCAGAGGCCUGAAACAGUGUCCACUCUGAAACGUACAAUGGAAGCUCUCUUUGAAAGAGGAGCCAUCAUUCGAAACCUGGAGAGCCUUGGGGAGAAGAACCUUCCUUACAAGAUAUCGAAGCACAACCAACGUCACACUCGAGGAGGGUAUUUCUUGGUUGACUUCCAUGCUCCAUCCACUGCCGUCUCCAACAUAAUAGAUCAUCUAGGUCGCGAUAUUGACGUCAUUAGGCCAACUAUACUGAAACACGAAGAAGAGAAGAGACCAGAGAAGCCUUGUACAGGAAUGGAGCCCCCCACCAAUUUGGAGGAGAAAUUUAGGACCAGGAAGAGGAAUUGACUCCCCGUGUCUCUACGCGUUUCUACUGCAGCAGUGUAGCCUUUUUUUCUUUUGUAAAAAUCAGUAUGUGUAUUUUUUUGUAUACUUAAUAAAGGAACAAAUAUUGAACAAUUA